GAGCGUAUUGGUCAAUGAGCGACAAGUGAGGCCAAUCAUGCUGAUACCCAUCGAUAAACAAACCCACGGCACGUUACGCUACGGUGUAGUAGUUGUCGUAAUUUUUGGAACCCGCGAGGGUACAAAAACAUUAAACAGAAGUUUAUUUAAUUGUUGUUAAUUUGCCUGGUUUCAGGAAGCGCACAAAUAUUACAACUUACCGGCUUUUUCUGCCUCGACUGCCGAAAUACGGUUUCCGGUGAGGAUCAUCUCCAUCGCCUUGGAUUUGCCGAUGGCCUUCACCAAGCGCUGCGUACCACCGGCGCCUGGGAAUCAACAACAGAGUAUUACUUAAAGUGUCUUCUUAGACAUUUCCAAAUCUGGCAUCACCCAGCGAAACAAUCCAUACCCGGAAUCGUGCCAAUGUUGAUUUCCGGUUGGCCAAACUGAGCUUUCUCUCCGGCGUAAAUAAUAUCGCACAUCAUUGCCAGUUCACAACCGCCACCAAGCUACAAAUACGAAAAUUCAUAAUUAAUUUUCAUGCGCACAUAAAGAAGGGCAAACAUUGGAUUGCAAAGUCAGCAGCAAGGGACAGGAGUACUGCUGUACUGCAGAUGCAUCCGCAAUAGCAUACGUAAGACUCGGUGAGAGGCGAAAAGCAUUUGAUCAGAAAAACUGAAAAGGUGGUUAGUUUUUGUGCUUACUGCAAAUCCGUUGACAGCCGCGAUAACGGGCUUGCGGAACUCGGUAAUGCGAUUCCAGCGGUUGAGGAAAUUGCGACGGUACACGGCGGGGAAGGCGUGAUUCUGCAUCUCCUUGAUGUCGGCCCCUGCGGCGAAGGCUUUCUCGCUGCCGGUGAUGACGACGGCGGCGAUGUUAUCGUCAGCAUCGAAGCGCUCCAGUGCCGCGUUGAUUUCGUCCAUCAGCGGCGAACACAGCGCGUUCAGCGCCUUCGGACGGUUCAGCUGGAUCAGGCCCACAUUGCGCUUGUCGCCCUUCACCUCCACGAUCAGAUUCUCGAAGGUUCCCUCUGAAAGGGAUAAACUGACUUUUGAGUGUCAACGCAGCUCAGGCAAACCAACGCUACUGCAGCGAUGUCGGUUGCAGCCGCGUGCUCCCAGCUCCGAGCGAUGCAUUUAAAGCACUCCAACAACUCCUUGGUAUGCUCGUUGUAAUUAAGUUUUACCUUGUUGUGCCUGUGUAGAGGCGGCAGAGCAAGGCGCCUGCAUCAUCCUAGUGACGUUGGAGACCAGGAACGAGCGGGUGUGUGAUGCUCCACGGACGAGGAUCUGCGCUUUCCCAAUCAACGAAGCCAUGACUGCAAUCGUGUGCUGAGCAGAUGGAAACGAAGAGAUUUCGGGUGAAAUAACAGAAAAUUCAGUCCAAAGUCAAAAGGGCAAUGCGGGGUAGUGGGAAGCGCCUGUCUGUUAUCGAACGACAGCAGCGAUGUUGCCGAACUCUGUUCAGUGUGAACUACGGAGAGCGUAAAAAGCGAUCAGCUGGAAAGGCCUUUCUCUGGUUGGAACGCAUUCAGAGUUCUGUCGCGUCGUCACUCGGCAAGCAAAAUGCUUAUCUAAAGCACUCAAGCAAUUCGGUUUUCCGGUAACGCCAUUCUUCCUCACUGAGCAGCCAGCAAUAGCAUGUCGAAAAUGAUCAUGUCGCUCGUUUGAACCACUGCGUACCGAGAAUCAGAGCUCGCAGCAGUAAAGAAUCUCAUCCGCUUUCCAUAAUGGCUGCACAAGUGCAACAAGGCGGUCCUUCCCAAGGGCCCCGUGGUCCCCCUCGGCCGCCCAAUCCCUCCAUGAUUUCUCCCACAGGAAUGUUGUCCACGGGCCCCAACCCCCACUUCAACUACCCCCAUGCACAUGCACGACCCCCCUUCGCGGGGGCGCCGCCGCAGGACGGGCCGUCUGGCGGUAAUGAAGAGUUUUACAGCAGUGCCGCGUCGGGCUUCUACCUGCCUAAACAGGAGCUGGAUGCUAAACGGCUGCGAAAGGCUAUACAUCGGCGGACGGUGGACUAUUUCACGCCUGUCGUCAAGUAUCUGCAGGAGCGAUCUGUGUACGUGAAUCCCACCAGCUUCCGCGAUCUGUUGGCUGAUCCGCUCUAUUAUUCGGAGAUGUUGUCCUGUGUGGCCUACCCACACAACGCCUCCAACGCGAUCACCACCAAAUUCAUUCGCCAGGCCACCAACAAGAUCAAGUGUCCUGUCUUCGUGGUGCUGUGGACACCGGAAGGACGUCGUUUAGUGACCGGAUCGUCAAGCGGCGAGUUUACGUUGUGGAACGGCUUAACUUUUAACUUCGAAACCAUCUUGCAGGCGCAUGACACGGCGGUGCGUUCGAUGGUGUGGAGCCGCAGUGACACAUGGCUGGUGACCGGCGACGCAUCUGGAUACAUCAAGUAUUGGCAGGCCAACAUGAACAACGUCAAGUCCUUCCAAGCGCACCGCGACUCCAUCCGCGGCAUCUCAUUCUGUCCGACGGACUUCAAAUUUGCUACCGGCUCCGAUGACGGCACAAUACGCAUCUGGGAUUUUGAGAGCUGUGAGACGCUGAAGGUGUUGCGCGGCGGACAUGGUGGUGAGGUGAAAUGUGUGGACUGGCAUCCUAAGAAGUCCCUAUUGGUCACCGGCAGCCGGGAUAAUCAACAGCCGGUUAAACUAUGGGAUCCCCGCACCGCCGAUGCCAUCGGCACAUUAUAUUUACACAAAGGCCCGGUGACGGAUUUGAAAUGGAAUCCCAUUAAUUCCAACUAUCUGCUGAGCUCAUCACGCGAUUCAUUGGUCAAGCUGUUCGAUCUGCGCAGCAUGCGCGAUGUGCAGACGUGUCGUGGCCAUAAGCGCGAAGUGAUGAGUGUUGGCUGGCAUCCAAUCUACCAGAGCCACUUUUGCAGCGGCGGCAUCGACGGUUCCCUCAUGUUCUGGGCCGUAGGCACCGAGCGGGAGGUGGGCGUGGUAGAGAAUGCUCAUGACGGAAGCAUUUGGAGUAUGAGCUGGCAUCCGCAGGGCCACAUACUAUGUACUGGGUCCAAUGACUGUUCCGUGAAAUUCUGGACCCGUAAUCGCCCGGGUGACACCAUGAAGGACAAGUACAACGCCAAAGCGCGUAGUGAUGUCGACAAUCCAUUGGAUAUACGAGGCUUCGAAAUCGAAGAGGAAGAAGAGGAGUUCUUUGACAUUGCCAAUUUCGACACUCAGGACAUCACCGAAUUUGAAUCCAACGCCCCGCGACCCCCGGCUCCUACCGACCUUCCUCCUCCGCCCUUCCCUGCUAUUCAACCGCAAAUGCCCCCACCCUACCGCCCUCCUCCGCCUGGCCAGUAUUUUCCACCAGGUCCCUUUCCUCCUUACCAGCCACCGCCCAUGGGCCCCCCGCCGCCUCACCACUUCCCGGGUGGUGGAGCCCCACCGCCCCCAGGCUGGAAUCCCCCGCCGCCACAGCAACAAGGACCCCCGCCGGUGCCGCAGUGGAACUGGCGCCCUCCCGUUCCCGCCACCACCGAAGGGGGCGCGCCACGGGGUGGACUGCUGCCGCCUCCCACGGGAGUCGCUGCCGGACCGGAAGGCGGUGGGCCAGGAGGGAUGAAGCGGCCCUGGGAGGAUGGAGGAGGCAGCGGCCAGCAAGAGGGAGGGUUCGACGACGGACAGUGGUCUCGAGGAGGUGGAAGAGGUGGUGGACGAGGGGGACGCGGAAGAGGUGUCUGGAGGCAGCGUUAGAAAAAUUUUCGCUUUUUUAUGUCUUCUCCGUUUCCUAAACAAAGAUUUGAGUGUAAAUGGCAUGUGUGUUGUGUAUAAAAUGGAAAUGCGAUGUAUUGACCGCUGUGCAAAUGCAUCAUUGAAAGUAUUGAUUGCGAUUAGCAGUCGGUUGUUUUGUUCACGGAGAAGUACGUCGUUCAAUGGGGAAUAAAUGGCAAAUCGCUGCCUGAUGGGUUUUUGCGGCUUGGCCCGAUUAGUUU